UUGAUUUUGCCUCAAAAGCAAUGCCUUUUGCAAGGGAUAGUGUGGUGGAAUGCUUCUCUUUCUGAUUCUGGGACUUUGCUAUAAGCCCAAAUACUCUCCUUCCAUAGAAAACACAUGACAGGAACAAUAGCAAUAGCCUGAUGUUUAUCUCACCUUGGAAGAGCUGAACCUGUUUACUGAUGCCAUUGAAAGGUGUUUGCUUAUAUGAACGGUUUUCAAUCCAAACAAUGUUGCUUCAUUAUUGAUCUUUCUGUCUUAAUAUCACCCAGUUAAUAAUGGUUAUUUAGCUUCAGAUGAGAAGUUGCAGCUGCAGAUUCUUUACCUGAACAUAUACAAACACGUUACCACUGCUCUUCGAUGUCAACAAGGAACUGCAGGACAAGCUGACCAGUGAUGGAAAAUCCUAUCAAACAUGCAAUGCAAAAGAGGCUUAGCUGGUGAGGAAACAGGGAAGGCUCUAAUCGCAAAGACUUGCAACCAAACUGAGUAUCCUGAAGAAUGCAUCUCAGCUUUGGAGUCAGAUGCUAGUAGCCUCAGUGCCAACUUAACAGGACUAGGCAGGAUUGCAGUAGAGCAAUCUGCCUCUAAGCUUAAUCAAACCUUAUCCUACGUUGAUUCCUUGGUCAAUAAUGCAACCGAUUAUGCAACUUGGGCCUCCCUUGUGAUCUGUCAAUAUUCUUACAAUGCCAGUGCCAACCAAAUUCAACAAGGUCUCCAGGCUUUUGAUCGGCUCAAGUAUGAUAAAACCUACCAAAGUGUUGCUGCUGUCAACCAAGCUGCCAUUGAGUGCAAUAACCAAGGAUUGGGAAUUUUAACCCAAGUUAACACUGCUUUGUUUAGGCUUACCAAGGAUGCAAUGAUGAUUGUUGAUCUCCUGUAUUAAGCUAACUAAAGUUAUAUAUUUUCUUUUUAAUAAUGUAUUUAAUAAAUUAAGUUUCGAAGAAAUUCGUAUAAAAAAG